AUGUCCGCCCCUUCCUCCACAGAGCUCAAGAGCUCCCUCAACACACUCGUUGCAAACUACAAGAGCACGACCCCGGCCCGUGUCAAGCUCAUCGACUGCUUCCUGGCCUUCCUCAUCAUCUCGGGCGUCACACAGUUUGCCUACCGCAUCCUCAUCACGUCCCACCCUUACGGCGCGUUUGUUGGCGGCUUUGGUUCCACUGUCGGCCAGUUCUGUCUUCUCGCGGGUCUUCGGGCGCAGGUCUCGCCUGGACGCGACGAAGAGUUCAAGGAGGUGUCACAAGAGCGCGCCUUUGCCGACUUUGCCGUUGCCUCCAUCGCACUGCACCUGUUUGCGUUCUCCUUCCUGGGAUAG